AUGCACAGACGGUCGUCUGGCUCCCCUGUCGCGGACGACACUGAAGAUUCCUCGACUCGAUCAGAUGAUCAUGGCUCCAAUGCCAUCGAUGCUCCUAACGACAAAUCACGGUCUCAGUUAGCUAGGCACGGAACUAGUUUCGAUCUAAGGAGGGAUAACGGCACUUCCACACCACGAUCGCGGAACUCGAGUCUGUGGCGUACUUCCUCGUCUCAACCUUCCAACGAUACCAAGACAAUGCCAUUGGGAUCUCCCCGGCUUCCCAUGGAGCCUUCCCCCGAGGGCCGGCGCGCACGCCAAGCUCGUCAGCGAAGUCCCUGGUCGGUCUCGAUCCUUACCGCGUGUACGACAUUUUUCGCUGUUGCGUUUAUACUGGCCAUCCUUCGUUCAUUCACCGGUCGGGCCACUGGGGGUGAUGGCUGUGGAGUACCGAUGAUGAGUCCAACGUUUAUUCGAAUGCUGGAAUUUGAUACGGAGCAUACGCGAUUUGCGAGCAAGUACAAUCUGUUUCUCUAUCGGGAAGAGGGUGUGGAUCCAUAUACUCAGGAUAAUAUCGGGUUAAACGGAGUACCAGUUCUUUUCCUUCCUGGAAAUGCAGGUAGUUACCGACAGGUUCGAUCUCUGGCCGCGGAGGCUUCGCGACAUUACUACGACGUAGUACGACACGACGAGGAACGACAUGCGGCAGGAACACGGAGCUUGGAUUUCUUCAUGGUGGAUUUCAAUGAGGAUAUGGCUGCAUUCCACGGCCAGACGUUGUUGGAUCAGGCGGAAUACGUGAACGAGGCCAUCGCAUACAUCCUAUCUCUCUACCACGACCCACAACGGACUCGACGAGACCCCGCGCUCCCCGACCCUAGCGCUGUGAUUCUGAUCGGACAUUCAAUGGGUGGUAUUGUGGCUCGGACUGUCCUCACCAUGGCCAACUACCAGGCCAACUCGGUCAACUCGAUCAUCACCAUGUCCGCGCCGCACGCGAGGCCACCGGUAUCCUUUGAUUCCGACAUUGUCCAUACCUAUAAGCAGAUCAACGACUAUUGGCGUGAGGCGUACGCACAGACGUGGGCCAACAAUAAUCCUCUGUGGCAUGUGACUCUGGUGUCUAUUGCCGGUGGUUCACGAGAUACUGUGGUCCCCUCCGAUUAUACCAGUAUCUCGUCACUUGUACCGGAAACACAUGGGUUCACUGUGUUCACAUCUUCGAUGCCCGAUGUUUGGAUUGGAAACGACCACUUAUCUAUUACUUGGUGUGACCAAUUUCGCAAGGCGAUAAUCAAGUCCUUAUUUGAGAUGAUUGAUGCCCGGCGGCCUACUCAAACAAAGCCGCGCGCCGAGCGUAUGCGGGUUCUGAAACGAUGGUACUUGACAGGAUUGGAAGAUGUUGCUGAACGAACCCUCGCUCAGAAGGAACCUAACACCCUUUUAACACUGGAGGACAACGCGAACACCAUUCUCGGUCAGGGUCAACGUUUGACUCUCCGUGAGAUGGGCCAGCGACAUGGCCCCGAUGUUCGCCUUCUGCCAAUCCCGCCUCAAGGUGUGUCUGGCAAGAAGUUUACUCUUCUCACAGAUCAAGCCAUUGGCCCACACGGUCAUAUCGAAGUGCUCUUCUGUAGCGUGUUUCCUCUGAACAACGGGCGCUCGACUGUGUUUUCCAUGAAUAUGGAUUUCUCAGGUGGCACUGUUGGCUCUACGCGAUUAGCUUGCAGGAGUGCAGCGGAAGAUGUGAUUCAUUUGCCUGCUUCAACCCCUUCAUCAAAACAUGCUUAUGACCGGGUGUCCCCAUUUUCUUACCUCCAAUACGAUCUGGAGGGCCUAGCUGAGCAUCAGUUUGUGGCUGUUGUGGACAAGGCCGCUGUUCCAUCCCCUGGGUUUUUGGUUGCCGAGUUUUCUGAUAGCUCGGACGCCAUGAUCCGCGCUAAAGUCGGAUUGGGUGGUCUGUUGAGCGCAGGCAUCAAGGUGCGCCUUCCUGCCAAUCGACCCAUGCUUACUGAAGUCAAGAUCCCGGCUCUUCACUCCAGUUUGCUAGACUACCGACUCAAGAUUACUCGACACCCUCGAAAGGAUGAAAUCUUUGCCCCGCUUCUGAGGCAGUCCAUCGCAGAUCCUCAUGAGUCAAAAUUUUUCGUCAACGUCGACGACAUCAAUGUCAACCUUCACGGCGUGGCCCCUUUCAUGCCGCCUCCACUCCGCGAACAAGCCACUCACGCUGGUGUCUCGUUCCAACUUUGGACUGAUCCUAGCUCUGGAUCAACGGUCGAUAUUUUGCUCCAGGUUGAUAUUAAGAGCAGUUUGGGUGAGCUGGUGAUGCGAUACCGCACUAUAUUUGCAGCGUUCCCAUUGUUAGUCGUGGCUCUGGUGCUCCGCAAGCAGUUCCAGAUUUACGAUGAAACAGGCUAUUUCAUUCCCUUCAAUGACGGUCUUGGUCGAGCUUUGCGAUCCUCUCUUCCCCUUCUCCUCCUGGCGAUGUCUCUCUUGGCAUCCUCUCUUGCUACCUCCAAGGCCCUCCCUCAGUCGGAUGAUCCAUUUCAUUGGCGCACCAAUUCCACUGAGACACCAGUCGAUUUUACUAAGAACGACCUCCUUUUGGGAUCACAAGAUGCAUUCUUUUGGUUCCUUGUUCCGAUUUUUGGGAUCAUUAGCGUCGGAGUAUGUGUAUUGGUUAACUAUGUAGCUCUUCUUCUUGUCAACAUCUUCUCCUUGAUGUACGGUGCUGUGAACAGCAAAUCGGGUUAUAUUCGUCGCGAAGACCGAGGGAGUCUGCCUAUUUUCAGUGCCCCCACCCCUCGGCGACGUGUCAUUCAUACGGCAGUAUUACUGAUCCUUGUGUCCACGAUCAUCCCUUAUCAGUUUGCGUACAUGGUGGCCUGCAUUGUGCAGCUGGCAACUUGCGUACGAGCUCAGUGGCACGCUAAGGAAACUAGAUCCACAUCACACCUCAACUUUGGCAACUAUGCCCACUCCAUCUUAAUCCUCAUGCUAUGGAUUCUCCCUAUUAAUGUUCUGGUUCUCCUGGUGUGGGCGCAUAACCUCGUGAUUCAUUGGUUCAUGCCUUUUUCCUCCCAUCACAAUGUCUUGUCUAUCAUGCCGUUCCUUCUUCUCGUCGAGACCAUGACAAGUGGUGCCAUGAUUCCCCGCAUCACGACUCGAUUCAAACACGUCACUUCCAUAAUAUUUUUCGCCAUUGCCAUGUAUUCGGCUGUUUACGGCGUGACAUACGCCUACCUCCUCCAUCACCUCGCAAACCUCCUCGCCGCCUGGUUCGUCGGUAUCUACUUGGUCGGCAAUAAUUUCUCUCCGCGUCGUCUGUGGCGCAUUAUUGAUGGCGAUGAGCUUCCUUCCGAACCAGGAAGUCGUCAUCUCAAGAAGAAGCCAUGA